GUGCCAAGAUGUUAUAUCUUGAUACCGAGUUUCUUUGUUUAUCGCGACCUUACCCGAUCACCCAUGUCGCAUCUCGUGGACGUACUAGCCAGCUUAGCGAAUUCUGAAAACAAUGUUGCCGCAGGCUUGGGAGAAGUCUUGCAAGCAUUUGUUGCUGGUUCCUAUCCUUCACCUGGACCAAUAUUAAUCGAGUUCGGACACCGAACGAUGGCGUUGGGCCGGAAACGAAUGUCUACGAUGACAGGGCGGGUCAGUAGUUUCAAGAAUGCGUUCCUAUACGUCAAAGGAAAGUUCGGGCUCCUCAACGCCUCAACACCGUUAUUUCUGCAGGCUGUGAUCACUGGCAGGGCAGAUGGAGCCUUUGUCGAGAUUGACCUGGACGCAUGGGAAGAAAUCGUCCCUUACAUCGAAAAACUUCGAAUCAUUACUUGAGUGUCAAAACAACUUCCAUCUUACGCCGAAUG